GCCCGUUUUAACAUCCGUUGGAAACCCCGUUCCACCCUCUUCCCUUCGCUGUCCACAAGCAAGAUGCCUGGUGUCACGGUGAAAGACGUCAACCAGCAGGAGUUUGUCCGAGCCCUGGCGGCCUUCCUGAAGAAGUCAGGAAAGCUGAAGGUGCCUGACUGGGUGGACCUCGUCAAGCUGGGUAAACACAAGGAGCUUGCCCCAAGUGAUGAGAACUGGUUCUACAUCAGAGCCGCAUCGACAGUCCGCCAUCUGUACCUCCGUGGAGGUGCUGGUGUAGGUUCCAUGACCAAGAUCUACGGCGGUCGCCAGAGGAACGGUGUGUGUCCUGCUCAUUUUAGUGUAGGAUCCAAGAACGUGGCUCGUAAGGUGCUGCAGGCCCUCGAGCUCCUCAAGAUGAUCGAGAAGGAUCCCAAUGGUGGUCGCAGAGUCACCUCCCAGGGAACCAGAGACCUGGAUAGAAUUGCCGGCCAGGUUUCAGCUGCCAGCAAGAAAACUGUAGCUGUUCAAUAAAUCUUUUGGAGAAAGUCAAA